ACAAGAAAUACACUCGAGGCGAAAUUAUUUGUAAGCAAUACCGCGUUGGAUUGUGCGUGCUUGGUCACUACUAUUACAGUGAGUGCCAGGAAGAAAACAAGCACCGCCACCACCCAGCGGAGUAGUGAAGAAAGAAAGCCUCUUCUCUCUCUCUCAGACACAAAUAGACAAAGGAAACAAAGGAUCCUUAUCAACCUUUCAUCCUAUAUUUCCCUAACUAACUUUCAUCCAUCUCAUUCUUUUCCACACGAUUCCCGCCACAACACUAAACCCCACACAUUUUUUCACCUCCAUUUCCACUUCCACCCUCACAUUUUUCAUCUCUAUUAUCAUUUUUUUUCCAUUAUUUCAUUUCCAAUUUUCAUUCUAUCCUCAAUUCAAUCAUGGACGAAUUCGGUGUAUUGACCGAACGAUUCGGCUUGAAACCGCAAGGUAAAUCGGCUCCAAUGGCUUCCUCCAAGCGAUCCGCACCGACAACCGCCGCCGAUUCUGCCUCCCGCUCAUUCGGAACCACUUCGCCGCAAAACGGAUCCGGAUCUCCCCAGUAUUCAUCUUUCGAUUUCGAUUACGGUGUUUUCGGGAACAGCGGUGUCAAAACGCAGCGUUCGGGAGGUUUUGACAAUGGCAUUGACGAGAUCUUUGGUGGAAAUGGGAACACCAAAUCGAAUGUCGGCAAGGGUGUUAGCCUUGACUAUGAUCCGAUAUUCGGUGGUUUGACUCAGUCGGUUUCGACUUCCUCGUCGUCGCAGGUUUAUGUAGAUGAUAUAUUCGGUGGAGUGAAUGAAAAAAGUGUUGGUGUUGAUGAUUUGCUUGGUAAGAUUGGUGGAUUGCAUGCUACCAGCAACAAAAGUUCGGUGAACAAAUCGCCUGAUUUUGAUGAUUUGAUGGCUGGAUUUGGUGGUAGCAGCGUUUCCAAUAACGGGAAAACAAGCAUUGAGACAAAGCUUCCUCAAAAACCAACUGCUACAUCUCAUGAUGAUCCAUUUUUAGUAUUUGAGACUUUAGACGAAACAUCUUCAGGAUCAUUCCUGGACUCAUUAGAACAAAUGAGUAAGAAUAGUUCCAAAGCUACAAGUGGCAGCUCCAGUCCCUCCCCAUUUUUGAGGCCUCCACCGUCGGGGAAUGCUUCAAACUCAAUUAACAACCCAAGUAUAUCAUCAAUAGAUGAGCUUGAGAACUUUGCCAUGGGCCGGGUGCAGAGUAAUGCUAGUAGAAGGGCGAAUACCAACACUGGUGAGAUUAAGAAAAACUCAGCGGCUAAGACAAACAAAGAUAAAGAAUCUCCGGCUACAAAAGUGAAUCAAUCAAAUGGUGCGGAUGAUCUUGAAUCCUUUUUCAGCAUGGGCUCUCGAUCAAACAGUGUACCAAAGUCAAGGACAACAACUAUGGAUCAUAUGUUUGAUCGCCAAGUAAACAAUAAAGAAAAACAUGAUGGAUCACAAAGAGUGCCAUCACGAUCCCCAGCCAAUGCAAAGAAAUCUUCACCCACAACAUCAUUUGAUGACUUGUCAUUGAUAUUUGGCGCUUCCCCAUCAUCGGAAUUUGAGGAAAUGGAAGGUGAAACUGAAGAAAGGAGAAAAGCGAGAUUGGGACGCCACCAGAGAACACAAGAGCGAGCGUUGAAAGCAGUGGCUGAUAUGAACCAGCGUGACCUUCAAUCCAAGAUGGAGCAAGAAGAGAGACGUCGAAUAGCUGAGACUGUGGAUGUUCAGAUAAAGAGGUGGGCUGCAGGAAAAGAAGGCAAUAUGCGGGCAUUGCUGUCAUCAUUGCAAACUGUUCUUUCGGCAGAUUAUGGGUGGCAACCAGUGUCUUUGACGGACAUGAUCACUUCAACUUCAGUGAAAAAAGUGUAUAGAAAAGCCACAUUAUGUAUUCACCCUGAUAAAGUCCAACAGAAAGGUGCUAAUCUUGAACAAAAAUAUACCGCGGAGAAGGUUUUUGACAUCCUUAAGGAAGCUUGGACUAAGUUUAAUGCUGAAGAGCUUCGCUAAGUCUGUCACUUGAGGUUAUCACUCUUCAUAAAUCUGUCACUUGAGGUCAUCGCAUGUCAAUGGAUCCAUCAAUGACUUGCACCGUUUUGGUUUGGGGCUAUUCACUUGCCUGGGUGAUGCCUGAUGCAUGUUUUUCUUGUGCAGUCGAAGAUUAUUACUCUGCACAUAUAUAUUACCAUGGUGUCAUUUGGCUGCAUAUUCGUUGUCCUAACAAUGUUGAAUGCAAUGCUCUCUAAUGUAAGUUAUCAUAGUACAUUAUGUUAUUUGACAGUUUAGACGGCAACUUAUAUUCGGUGUAUGGUGUAUGUUUGGAUUGACGGUGAGCUUGAAAGAAUCAUAAUAAGCCGCAAUUUAGCAUAAACCAUACUUUUGAAUAUCAAAACUACGCCUGCGCUGUGGCUGUGAUUUUGAUGAAUAUCAAAACAUUUAUUUAUUUUUUGACUGAAAAUGCAAAGUUGCAUGAGGAUAAUUCAGUUAUAUACUUGUAAUUAGACUUUUUUUGCGAAAAGAAGUGUUUAGGUCGAUAUUUUAUUUGAA